CUCGUUCUUUGUAUGAUAUCUUCUAUAACGCUUCUUUGCAACAUUACUUUCCCUCCGACCAAAAUUCCAACACAUAUUCGACUACCUAAACCAUUUCAUAUUUUUCGAUGUGUCUCGAUCGAUCAACCAUGUUGGUGUGAUGGAGGGUUCCUCUCUCUAACCAUGGGAAGGAGAGGGAGACCGCCAAAACUGGACGGAAAAAUCGCCGGAGAUGAUCAAAACACUCAUGGAAAUCUGCAAUCGCACAAUGUUCCUAUCUCGGAUCCACAAUCAUCAACAACACCUCAAAUCUCAGAGACUAUAGAUCAAGUUACGACUCAAACCAACAUAGAGAAUACGCCGGAGAUCCAGGUAGAAUCACCAACGAAAACCUUUGCAGAAGCUGUGGGAAUUCAGGAAGAACUCAAUUUCAAUCUGAAAUUCAUCCCAACAGAGGUAAUUGAUGGCAAAUCUAUAGCUAGAUUGACUCAUGAUGAUGUGAUCGAACCUGGAAAUUACUGGGAUUCUGCUUUGAUCUGUUGUAUAUUGGGAGCUAAUCCUCCUCUGGAGAUUGUCAAAGGAUUUCUCAAUCGUAUCUGGAAAACCUAUGGAAUUGAUGAUGUAUCUUUUUUAAAAGAAGGCCAAUUCAUUGUCAGAUUCAAGAAAAAAGAAGAUAGAGAUGAAAUCAUUAAAAGGAAAUACUAUUACAUGGACAAUAAACCCGUCUAUGUGCAGAUCUGGUAUCCUGGUGUUAAGGUUGAUAUUCUAGGGCGCAAGGAUAUCCCUAUUUGGAUUCAACUCCCAGACCUGGAUAUGAAGUACUCGGGACUAUCUGCCCUAAGCAAAAUAGGAAGCUCCAUAGGGCAGCCUAUCCGAAGAGAUGGAGCCACUGCUGCCAGAACUAGAUGGAUAGAACAUGUGGCAGAUAAAUGCAGGAAGAAAAAAAUAGUAGCAGGGCAACCACCCAGAUUGAAACCUAUUUGGAGACCAAAACUUAAUCAGAAGGACAAUAAGAAUGAAGAAGUUGAAGUGGUUACACCAAAAGAUCCUAAGUAUAAAGAAGGGGCUGAGGACAACCCCGAGAUGACAGAAAAUUCAGGAAACAAAGAAGAAGAGUUUACUAAAGUGAGUAAAAAGAAAGCAGCACGCGGAAAGUCACUAGAAGGGAAGGAAGAAUCCUUUAUUGGAGAUUUUAAUAUAGUGUUGAAGAUGGAUGAGAGAAUAGGGGGAAAUCCAGUGAAUAGGGAAGAGAGCAGGGAAUUUAUGGAUUGCCUUAAUCUUUGUGGGUUAGAGGAUUUGCCUUUUGAAGGUUCCAAAUAUACAUGGUGUAAUAAUCAGGGCAUUGGAAAGCGCAUCUACUCUAAACUGGACAGAAUCCUGGGAAAUAUUGAAUGGAUUAUUAACUUCAAUUUUAAAGCCCACUUCAGAGAGGGAGGUAUUUCUGAUCAUUCUGCCAUGAUCCUUAAACAGGUUAAACAUGACACUAGACAUAGCUUCAAGUUCUGUGAUAUGUGGACUCUUGAUCCCCAUUUUCCUCAAAUAGUGAAAGAAGUAUGGGAAGAGAAACAUGAAGGAACAACUAUGUUACAAGUAGUGCAGAAGUUGAAACUCCUUAAAUCUCCUUUGAAGAGUCUUAAUAGACAGAAGUUCCAGCACCUUGAUAAACAAAUUGAUAUAAUCAGAACCGAACUUCUGUCUGCACAAGCUAUACUGAAGAACCAGAUUGAUGCACAAACCCUGAAGACAGAGGAAAAACUAAGGCAAGAGCUCCAUUUAAAGCUGAAAGCAAACUUUCUUCUUAAAAGUCAACAAUCCAAGGCUGACUGGCUCAUCUAUGGUGAUCAGGAUACUAAAUAUUUUCAUGCAUGGGUAAAGAAAAGAAGACUACAGAACCAAAUCACCUCCAUCACCAAUGAAGAUGGCCUUUUGGUAGAAGGAAAGAAAGAGGUAGCCAAAGUGUUGGUUAACUAUUUUCAGAAACAAUUAGGCAUCCCAAAUGAUACCCUUGAUAUUAUGAAAGACAUUGUGAACAUGGGUAAAUGCCUCUAUAUUGAACAACAGCUGAUGCUCAUUGCUUCCCCCACUCAGGAAGAAAUUAAGAAUUGCCUGUUUGAAAUCCCAAACCAUAAAAGUCCAGGUCCAGAUGGAUUCUCUAGUGGAUUUUUCAAACACCAAUGGAAUGUGGUCGGGGGACUUGUCACCAAAGCUAUCCAAGACUUCUUCCAAAAUGGUGUGCCUCUCAAACAGAUUAAUUCCACUAACAUCACGGUUAUUCCCAAGAAAGACAACCCAAAAAGCCCCACUGAUCUGAGGCCUAUUGCUUGUUGUAAUGUGAUCUACAAAGUCAUAUCUAAGGUCAUUUGUGGAAGACUUAAGAAGAUACUGCCCACAAUAAUAAAUCUCAAUCAAGGGGCCUUCGUAGAAGGGAGAGAACUUGUCCAUAAUGUACUUCUCUGUCAGGAACUUGCAAGAGGUUACAAUAGGAAAAACAUCUCCCCGAGACUCCUAAUGAAGCUGGAUCUGCAAAAAGCUUAUGAUAAUGCCAAGUCCAUUGAAGAGGUUACCCAACGAAUUACCAACAUCUCCCCAGCUAAAAGAAGAUUGAAGAUAGCUCCCAUCUUUGCAGCUUGUGUAUACAACAUUUGGAAAGCUAGAAAUGAAGUUCUUCACAAGAACCUCCCUACUACACCUGGAGCAGUCAGCCAAAGAAUUCACACUCAUAUGACCAUCUUUCUCAACUCUAAAGGAAUCAUUAUGGAAUAGCCCUAUAUUUUAUAACCUAACUAGUUUAUAAUUAUUAGUAGGGUUGUGUUUUGUUUCUAAACAUGAUGAUGUACGUAUAUUUUCCUUGAGGAGUGAAAUAUAUCUUGCUUUCGGUUCAAAAAANCACAAGAACCUCCCUACUACACCUGGAGCAGUCAGCCAAAGAAUUCACACUCAUAUGACCAUCUUUCUCAACUCUAAAGGAAUCAUUAUGGAAUAGCCCUAUAUUUUAUAACCUAACUAGUUUAUAAUUAUUAGUAGGGUUGUGUUUUGUUUCUAAACAUGAUGAUGUACGUAUAUUUUCCUUGAGGAGUGAAAUAUAUCUUGCUUUCGGUU